UUCCCACCCCUCUCUUUCUCUACCUCUCUAUAUAUAUGCACCCCUUCUCUUCUAUGCCAACUCCUACCAAUCCACUCUGAAAUUCUCAUCAAUACAUACAUACAACACAUAUACGUAUAAUUCGAGAUUUUGGCCAUGUUAGUAGCUAUGGCUGAAGGACUGUGGGACGACCAGUCGUGGUCAUUCCCAAUUCUUGAAGGUGAUGAAAGCGGCGGAAAGAUGUUGAUGGACACCGGCAACUCAGAGGCCGCGGCCAAGGAUGUGGAAGCGCCGCCACCAGCAGCAGCCAAGGGGAAGAAGAGGAGCCAGCCCGGCGGUGGUGAUGGUGAGUCUGAUGAUCAUGAGCUGCAUAUAUGGACUGAGAGAGAGAGGAGGAAGAAGAUGAGGAACAUGUUCGCUAGUCUUCACUCUUUGAUCCCCCACCUCCCUGCAAGGGCAGACAAGUCCACCAUAGUUGAUGAAGCAGUACUGUACAUCAAGAAACUGGAGCUAACUCUUUCAGAGCUUGAGAGGCAGAAGGCUCAAAUCCUCAAAGGCAAAUCGAGUGCUAAUCCUACCGUCUGUGAUCUCCCCAUAAUCACACAGCAGAACCUCGCAAUUCAAUCAAGGGAGGCGUUUCUAGCCGAGCAGGGAUCCACACCUGUAGCUGUAGCAAACCCCAGCAGUUUAAACCCACUGUUUCCGGCCGGCCCUGAACUCCCUGCAGCCACUUUCAGGACAUGGACUUCUCCUAAUGUGAUACUCAAUGUAUGUGGGUGGGAUGCCCACAUCAGCAUUUCCAGCCCGAAAAAGCCCGGCCUGUUCACCCCCAUUUUCUUUGUGUUGGAGAAGUACAAGCUUGAGGUGGUUUCGGCUCAGGUCUCGUCGGCCCGCGAUAGACGCAUGUGCAUGAUUCAUGCCCGUGCAAAUGGAGGUGCAGAGCAGUUCCCAGAGACAAUGUGUCUAGUGGAAGAAGUAUUCAAGCAGGCUGCAGUGGAGAUCAUGCUGUGGGUCAAUUCCUAAGUAAUUAACGUGUGCUUUUAGAGAUUAUUAUCACUAUUAAAAUUCAAAGGGAUGUUUACUGUACAUCCUUUUAAUGUAUGUACAUCUAUCCAUGUAUUAUGUAUGCAAUACCAAUGCUUAUAUACAUAAUGAUCAGAAC